UUUUUAAUUAGAAAGUAGGCUAAACUAUAUCUGUAGAAUUAUUCUCAAAACAGAGAAUUUAUGUUUUUAGGCAAUAAAUUGUACAAGUGUCCUUUAAAUACAAAACCCAUGGUCGGAAUGUGCCUAGGUCGAGCCCUCUGUGGUAUAAUGCCACAAAAUGUGGCGGGGAGCCGGAGCUUGCAUCACAAACGCGUGAGAAGGCCACUUCCCGUGGUUCCAGAUCGGAGAACCUUUUCCCGGGCUGAGACAACGAAGCCGCCACGGCUGCUGGUCAGAAGCUUCCAAGCCUUGAAUCAAAUUAACUCUUCCUAUAUGCGAGAGAUGACGAGCGAGGGUAGUGACCAGUUCUUAUCGAAAUGGAAAUGGUUAUAG